AUGAGAUGUGGUAAAUAUUACUUAUCAUUGAGACGUUGUAAAUAUUACUUAUCAAUGAGAUGUUGUAACUAUCACUUAUCACUGAGACGUUGUAAAUAUUACUUAUCAAUGAGAUGUUGUAAAUAUUACUUAUCAUUGAGACGUUGUAAAUAUUACUUAUCAUUGAGAUAUUGCUCAUCGAUGAGAUGGUGUAAAUAUUUCACAUUAAUGAGAUGUGAUGAAUAUUACUUAUCAAUGAGACGUUGUAAAUAUCUAUUAUCAAUGAGAUGUGAUGAAUAUUACUUAUCAAUGAGUCUUUGUAACUAUAACUUAUCAUUGAGACGUUGUAAAUAUUACUUAUCAAUGAGAUGUGGUAAAUAUUACUUAUCAUUGAGACGUUUUAAAUAUUACUUAUCAAUGAGAUGUUGUAACUAUUACUUAUCACUGAGACGUUGUAAAUAUUACUUAUCAAUGAGAUGUUGUAAAUAUUACUUAUCAUUGAGACGUUGUAAAUAUUGCUUAUCAUUGAGAUGUUGUAAAUAUUACUUAUCAUUGAGACGUUGUAAAUGUUACUUAUCAAGAGAUGUGAUGAAUAUUAUUUAUCAUUGA